CGUAACUUGUUCGUUGAUUCCCUGAAUCCAUGCUGCCUUCUACCCCUGUGUGUUUUCAUCCCCGUGUAAAGUCUGUACGCGGUUUGUACUGUUUGAGACAGACUGACGCUCACAGAGAGGCUUUACGAGAUGAACAGUGAAAACUUCAGCCUUAGUGAGAAGAUCGUCUCCUCCUCCUACAUUCGACAAGGCAGCCAGGCCCGCCGAAGCCAUGAGCAGCUCAUCAGACACCUGUUGGAGCAGGGAAAGUGUCCCGAGGAGGGCUGGAGUGAGAGCACCAUAGAGCUCUUCCUGAAUGAGCUGGCAGUGAUGGACAGCAAUAACUUCCUUGGAAACUGUGGUGUUGGAGAGAGGGAAGGCAGAGUGGCGUCUAGCCUUGUGGCCCGAAGACAUUACAGGUUGAUCCACGGCAUUGGCCGCUCAGGUGACAUUGCUGCCAUUCAGCCCAAAGCUGCAGGAUCCAGUCUGCUUAACAAACUCACCAAUUCAGUCGUAUUGGACAUCCUCAGGCUCUCAGGUGUCCGCAGCGUGGCGAGCUGCUUUGUGGUUCCCAUGGCAACAGGAAUGAGCUUGACUCUGUGCUUCCUGACCCUCCGUCACCGGAGGCCCAAGGCUCGCUACAUCAUUUGGCCUCGCAUCGACCAGAAGUCCUGUUUCAAAGCCAUGAUCACAGCAGGCUUUGAACCGGUGGUAGUGGAAAAUGUUCUCGAAGGGGACGAGUUAAGGACGGACUUGGAAGCAGUUGAGCAAAAAAUCACAGAGAUUGGAGCUGACAACAUCCUGUGUGUUCACUCAACUACAUCCUGCUUUGCCCCAAGGGUUCCUGACAGGCUUGAGGAGCUUUCUGCCAUGUGUGCCAAAUACGACAUUCCACAUAUAGUUAACAAUGCAUAUGGAGUACAGUCGUCCAAAUGCAUGCACCUUAUACAGCAGGGAGCUCGAGUUGGAAGAAUCGAUGCCUUUGUACAGAGCUUGGACAAGAACUUCAUGGUUCCAGUAGGUGGCGCCAUAAUUGCAGGUUUUGAUGAGGCCUUUAUACAAGAGAUAAGCAAAAUGUACCCAGGUCGAGCAUCGGCUUCGCCUUCCCUUGACGUCCUCAUAACCCUUCUCACUCUGGGAGCCAACGGCUAUAAGAAACUCCUCUCAGAAAGAAAGGAGAUUUAUUUGUUGCUGGCUCAGGAGCUGAAGAGUCUGGCCUCAGCACACGGGGAGAGACUGCUUCACACCCCACAUAACCCCAUUUCACUGGCCAUGUCUCUGGACGGUCUCCAGGCCGAGAGCGACAAGGCGGUGACUCAGCUGGGCUCCAUGCUGUUCACCCGGCAAGUGUCAGGUGCCAGGGUUAUACCACUUGGCAAGGAGCAGACCAUCAGCGGACACACGUUCCGUGGCUUCAUGUCGCACUCGGAGGCGUACCCCUGUCCUUACCUCAACGCCGCCUCAGCUGUGGGAAUCACCCGAGAGGAUGUGACGAUGUGCAUCAAAAGACUGGACAAGUGUCUGAAGACCUUAAAGAAAGAGGGAAAUGCUGUGAAAAAUAAGCCCUCAGAACUUCUGUCUGGUCAGGAAGACACUGCUGGAGAAGUAAAUGAGCAAAAAUAAGAACAUUUACAGGCAUAUAAAGACUAAGAGAUGAGGUGAGCUCAGAGCUGCAAAACCUACUUCACUGUUGUAUUUGUUGAAACAUUUUUCCUUUGUUAUGAAUUCUGAACUCUAAAUAGAUCAUGGAUCUAGAAUAACACUGGCUUUUCUUCUGUGUCAUUUAAAAGCUUCCAAAGUGCCAUUAGGGAGUGAGAUAUCCUAUAAAUUAGCCAGCUAGACUUGUGUUAUGGGAAUACAUUAGCAUUUCCACUCAUUGAUUUCGACAGGAAUUUAGCUUUAUGAUGUGAAAUGUUGUGCUAUGUCUUCUCAGUGUGUUGUAAUGGGAUACAGAUGCUGCAGAGCCAUUAUCUCCCAUUUGAACCUACGCUAUUGGACAUUUACUUUCAGGCUUUGAAACAUAUGGACAAGGAUGAAAUAAUCAAUGGUGCACACUAAACAUUGAUCACUCCUGUGUUUGGUAAAGGGAAUGCUUGUGUAAAAUGGUGCUAUGAACAAUUAAGGAGGUAUAUUAUCACAAUUUGUUUUACUUUUAGACGGCAUUAGACAUGUUCAAGAUUGAGUCACUGGGGAAUGAAUCUUUGACUACAUUAGACUCCUUUAUUUUUGCACAUUCCAGCAGUUUUCUAACGUGGUUUGUGUUUGUGAGUCUGCUCUCUAAUCUCAGUCAUCCGAAAGCAGGGUAGUUUGUACCCUGAGGCAUGAAAAUAGACUGCAAGAACUCACUGAUGACUAAUCUAUAGUUCAGUACGGCACAGUUCUUCCCCUUUAACUGCUUCAAAUUAUACAGAUAGAGAUUGGCUUCUCUCUCAGAGCUGUGGGUGUGUUAAGAUGUAGCUGCAUGCUCUGGAGUUCAGUUAUAAGUGGAUCACAUCAGAGCUGGAAGUGCCAGCUGUGGAGGAUGCUACGUCUGUGCUGGGCCCAGGUGUGCAUGCAGUGUAUACAGUCAGCACUUGUGUGCUUUUUUUACCUGUAAAACUUCUCCGAAUCCUGAAUCCAAUCCACACAGCAAUCCUUCUGAAAGUGGGGUUCAGCUGGAUAGAUUCAGAUGCUGCGUCAGCACACAUUUACUGUACCCAUACUCUAUAGAAUCAU